GCAGUGCGUUUAGAAGACGCCGCACUGCCGCAGUUUUUAAAGGAACCGGCAGUGCGUAGAAUUUACGUCCGGAAAAUACAGGCUGCUAGAGAGAGUGGAAAAUGAGUGCAAAAGAUGAAGUAGUAGUAGUAGAAGAAGAACAGGUUGUGAAUCCAUGGCAAGUGUCGGCCGGAGGGAAGAUCGACUACGACAAGCUCAUCGACAAGUUCGGAUGCCAAAGGCUCGACCAAUCCCUCGUCGAUAGAGUCCAACGCCUCACUUCUCGUCCUCCACACGUCUUCCUCCGCCGCGGUGUCUUCUUCGCUCACCGGGAUUUCAAUGAAAUUCUGGAUGUGUAUGAGAGAGGACAGAAGUUUUAUCUGUAUACAGGAAGAGGACCAUCCUCUGAAGCUUUGCAUUUGGGGCAUCUCGUUCCGUUCAUGUUCACAAAAUAUUUGCAGGAUGCUUUCAAGGUCCCUCUUGUUAUACAACUUACUGACGAUGAGAAGUGCAUGUGGAAGAAUCUAUCCGUGGAGGAGAGCCAGAGACUUGCUCAUGAAAAUGCUAAAGACAUCAUAGCCUGUGGUUUUGACAUCUCAAAAACUUUCAUUUUCUCAGAUUUUGAUUAUGUUGGCGGUGCCUUUUACAAGAACAUGGUGAAGGUUGCAAAAUGUGUGACAUACAAUAAGGCUGUUAGUAUUUUUGGCUUUACUGGCGAAGACCAUAUAGGGAAGAUAAGUUUUCCGCCUGUUCAGGCCGUUCCAUCCUUUCCCAGUUCAUUUCCACAUCUCUUUUCUGGCAAAGAUAAUCUCCGCUGCUUGAUUCCAUGCGCAAUUGAUCAGGAUCCUUAUUUUCGAAUGACACGAGAUGUUGCUCCUCGAAUAGGUUAUCACAAGCCUGCGUUAAUCGAGUCAUCAUUUUUUCCUGCCCUUCAGGGUGAGACGGGAAAAAUGUCUGCCAGUGAUCCAAAUUCUGCAAUUUACGUGACUGAUUCAGGGAAGGACAUUAAGAACAAGAUAAACAGUUAUGCAUUCUCUGGUGGGCAAGAUUCUAUAGAGAAUCACAGAAAGUAUGGAGCAAAUCUUGAGGUAGAUAUUCCAAUUAAAUACCUUGGUUUUUUCCUAGAAGAUGAUGCUGAACUUGAACAUAUAAGGAAGGAAUAUGGUGCAGGGCGUAUGUUAACUGGUGAAGUAAAGAAACGACUUAUUGAAGUUUUGACGGAAAUGGUGGAAAGACAUAGGAGGGCUCGGGCUUCCGUGACUGAUGAGAUGGUGGAUGCAUUCAUGGCAGUGAGACCUCUUCCCGAUAUGUUCAGCUAAAUUGAGAUUUGGAUGCAUUUGAAUAAGAGAUUGAUUCCUGGAGGCCUCCCGACUCUUACUAUGUAGUUUAAGAAAGAAAAGCGACCUUAAAAGCAAUCUUCAUGUUGCACUUUUGGACCAACUUGGAAUGUGUUUAUGUUAUAAACACAUUAUUAUAUAAAUAAAUGCAGGCUUGUUGAGAUUGGUUUUUUUGGA